UACCCACAAUCCGUUGCGAAUUUCAGCCAAAAUAGUGGGAGACUGGCGACGUACGCUAAACUCUUCUUGUGCCCCAAAAAAUCAAACAUGCCUUUUGAAGUGUCGACAUCGAAUUACCACAUUGUACAUUCCCAUUUUUUACAAAUGGGAGUGACUAACCUACCUACCUACCUUUUUAAAGGCAGUCAAACGUACGUAUAUUGUCCAAUCCUAGUUACCGUCAACUAGCGACCUUUUACAAAUAGUGCCUAAGGGGACACCUAGCCCGUGGUUUCACUUUCUGACUGCUUUGACUUCUUUCUAUGUAUGUUGGCUAACACGGGUCCAACACGCACGGCGUCAAAUCGAUGAGGAACAAAAAAGCAAAGCCGUGCACUUGCAUGCGAGUAUUUGGACAGGAAGGACCGCAGUAGUGGGAGCUGUCUCGAAGGACAGAACGCCGCGACAAACAUUGAACCAUUUGAAGGGUGCAGGCAGAGGAUUUUUAAGCCUAACACCAAUGGCGGUCAACUGGCAGGCGACCAUUUGCGACUUUUUCCGUAGUCCCUCCCGAUUUGUCUCGUCCAAAUCGGCGGAUGUUUUCCUGGCGGAGUUGCUCCACGAGCUCCGCAAUGACAGAGUUCCCAACGGUGUCAAGGUCCAUCUGCUGGCCCCGCUAUGCGAGCAACCGGCACUCCUGUGUCCCACGCUCUCUGCUGGCGAAGAGACGGUCCUGGAGCUCCUGUCGGUCUUUGCCCACUGUCGCCUUCCGUGCGUUCCAUUUCGCAGCAGCCUCCUCGUCGCUCUGACUUCGGUCCUCAUCUGUAGCUCUUGCGUGAGCACCAAAGUCCGCGUCUGCGUGGACUUUCUGGAUCUGCUCCUUCAGAUAGCGCAGGACACGUCCGCCUCGCACGCUGACGCUGCUCUUCUCUUGCGAGGCGUAGCGUGCGAAUGCCUCCGAGAGCUGGAGACGUGCCGCCCCGGCCUUCUGUCCCAGCGCCUGGAGCUCAUAGGGGAGCUUUGGAGCAAAGAAAACUCAAGACUUCAUCAGCCGUACGCCAGACUAAAUAGUUUGGUGUUGAAAAAUGCUGUUUACCGGCUCGCCGUGGAUCCCGGCUCAGGGAACGACGAUCUCAAAUUACUGUUGGGGGAGAAGGAGCGGGAGGCCGAGCGCCAAUGCCGUCCGACGGAUAAAGAGGCGGCCGCCUUCUCCUCCCUGGCGAUGGGAACAAUGCCUACUCUUCAGACUGGGCAAGACUGCAAGGAUUUGCGCACGGUGCUGUCCACCACCCUGGAGAACUCUUUCCUUUUGACUCCACCGUGUCAGGCGGAAGUUCUCCGCACACUGGUGCAGGUUGUCGCCAUGGUGCCUGUCGUUCGACCGUCCAUAUUUCGAGCUCAGCUUCUGCGUCUGCUCGGAACCGGCCAGGUUUGCCUUCUUCAUGUUACUCUGCUGAUGAAGUGCGCGUACACGGACAGCCUGUUCAGCACCGACGACGAGGCCUUCGUCCUGCGACGCUUAGUGCUUCUCUCCCAGCAUCCUCUGCUGAGUAAAGCAGAGCAACUUUUCUUUCUGGACUGCAUGCUGCAUUUUCCUGAGAACAGGCCGAUUGGCUGCGGAAUCGGUGUGGAAAGUCUGCCCGUGCUGCUAACGCCCCAAUUGGCGUACCCGCUCUGGCCCGCCGUACUCCACGAUGACGCGACUAUGCUGGCCCGCUUCAAUCUGCUUUUGCUGCUACACCAGGAGGAGGGCGAAAGAGACGGCGACGGAGAGGAAGGCGCCACCGGUCUGGUCCUCCUCUACCAACACCUCGGCUCGCUGCUCGACAUUGUGACAAGAGGACACGGUCCAAAGAUGGCGGUGGCCUUUUUCAGGGCACUUUUCCUUUUUCUUGUCUCUUUUUGCCACGUGCACAAAUUGGCCAACAGUCUGGCAGACCAACUGUGCGCACUUUACGGCCGCCGAAGCGACCUGGCUCUCCACCUUCUCAACUUGGCCGACCGGACUCGCGACUCCUUCCCCGAACGCGGUUGGUCGGCGAGACUCUGCGGAGCCUUGCAGCGCGUUAUCGUCGAGGCGCCGCCCGCCCAGUUCACCGUAACGGACCUCCGUUGGCACUUGAAGGUGCUGGCGCGGGUGGCAGAGGAAGGGCACCUCUCGCAGCUGAGCACGCUGCGGCUCCUCGCCGACGUCACCCUUUGGCCUCGGGUGUGCACGAGCGCCGACUGGCGUCUGGGAAACGGCGUGCUGCGCAUUUGCCGGCGCUUGAUGGCGCAUCCCGGCCUGGACGCGUUACUUCCCUCUCUGGCCGACGUCCUGCAACAUCUCAUGCGUCACUACGGCGACGCGGACAUUGGAGAUCACGCCCGACUCUACUACAGCCUUCUGACGACGCUCUCCAAAGAGAAAUUGGCGGCGGGGAUGGCGACGCGGGCUUUGAGCGAGGAAGGAGCCAAUAAACACUCGCUCUCCUGCAUCGUGGCAGACACCGAGAGACUGACUAGCAUGCUAACUGUUCACCGGACGGACGAAGCCGCCUUCAGGCUGGCCGAGUCCGAAUAUCCCCAGCCGAGCCCCAGUGAGACGGAGGGCUGCUGCCCGCGAGCGGACGCAUACGGGCUUGCCGGACGGAAGCGGUCGCACCUCACCUUGAAGUACCAGCUCCAUCAUAGCGUGUCCAAGCUCUCCUGCUCGGAUCAGGUCUUCAGCCUCCACCUGCGCUUCAACUUCAGGGGCAGUCAUUACGAACAACUCUGCGACUUGAGCGUGCCCUGUCUUUUUCCAGAGAGAUUGGCUCCCGCGGUGGAGCUUCUAUUGAAGCCCCGCUUGGCCGUCCCCGUCACCCUGAGUGCCAGCGCUAUGUUCAGCACCGUCAAUGACCUUUCUUGGUAUACUGUACUGCCGGACAUCCACGUGUGUUUUCGGCAAGCCUUGUUGCCGUUGGCUGGGGGAACACUUAACAAGUUGCCUCUUUUUCAGGACCUUUGGGACCAAAUAAGUGAGGAAGAGCAAGCAGAUUAUGCUCGCGCCUUGUUUUGUUGCCAGCUGCAAGCACAAGAGCUGAGGUCCGCGGUGGAAAACCAGUUGCGCCCGUUCAUGAUACCAGAUUCAGCCAAGAAAGAUGAAUUCAAAUUGUUUUUUUUCAUUCCCCCACAAUUUCACAUCCUGCUGAAAAUCAUUUCACAAGAGGAUGCGGUCCAUUGCAGGAUCGCUACGGAUAACUGGCGGCUACUGCCUCAUAUCGGUUCUUUUCUUGCUAACCUAUUUACUAAGCCUUUGCCCAAAAAGGUCGCCGAGGUUUUGGUUUGACCUGAAAACUGUCACCAUAUAUUUUGCCCUCAAUAAAUUGCUUCAUGGAACUGA